AUGAGUAACGCGACAGCUUCCGUUGCAAUUCAGAGCACUGCUGGUGCCGUUCCAGUAAAAAAUGACAAAGGUGAAUUGUCUAUGCAAAAAGUCAAAGUUCACCGAUAUGUAUCGGGUAAAAGACCAGACUAUGCGCCCAUGUCGAGCAGUGAAGAGGAGUCUGAAGAAGAGGACUUCAUAGAUCAACAAGGAGCUCCGAUUUCUAGACCCUCCAGGCCUACACGUCCCCCUCCAAGACAUACAGAAUCCCCAACAGAGCUAUAUGAUGAAAGUGAGGUUGCAGAUGAUCCUCGUUUGAGGCGUCUAAUGACCAGACAUGGUCCUGAAAGUGGACAAGACGAGGAUCGUGUUGAAAGACACAGACACAUCCAUGCACCAGAAAUUCUUGAUGGAUCUGAAGAUGAGGUUGAGGAGGAGGCGGAGGAGAUGGUUGAAGAACCUGAAGAAAGGCGUCCUGAAAGAAGGACCGAGGCAGACAGCAGCCAGUCGGAAGAUGAAGAGGAACUUAGUGAUGAAGAAAUUGAAAGAAGACGUCUUCUUCUCCGACAGAAGCUGCUUUCCAGGAAGGAAGAGCAGGAACCAGAGGUAAUGAUGAAGGAAGAGGAUCAACAAAGUAUGGCUGAGAGUGGGGAGGAGUCUUCUGAGUAUGAGGAGGAGACAGAUUCCGAAGAAGAAAUGGGUCCAAGAUUGAAACCAGUCUUUGUUAGGAAGAAAGAUCGCAUAACUAUCAUGGAAAAAGAAAAAGAAGAAAUGAAGGAGAAACAGGCUGAAAUAGAAGCAAAGAAAAUGGCAGAAGAGAGGAAGCGCCAUACACUGAGGAUGGUUGAAGAUAUUGUUCGCAAGGAGUCUACUGUUGCAAAGGAGGGAGAUGAACCCAAACUGGCCGAUGUUAAUACAGAUGAUGAAAAUGAUGAAGUAGAAUAUGAGGCAUGGAAACUUCGAGAAUUGAAAAGGAUCAAAAGAGACCGAGAAGAAAGAGAAGCUAUGGAGAGGGAAAGAUCAGAGCUUGAGCGAAUUCGUAAUAUGACAGAAGAAGAAAGGAGAAUAGAAUUCCGCAACAAUCCCAAAGUUAUUACGAAUCGCUCUGCAAAGGGCAAAUACAAAUUUCUUCAGAAAUAUUAUCAUCGUGGUGCAUUUUACUUGGAUGCUGAUGAAGAUGUUCUCAAGCGAGACUUUUCUGCUGCUACUUUGGAGGACCACUUUGACAAAACCAUCCUGCCCAAAGUUAUGCAGGUUAAGAACUUUGGCCGCAGUGGAAGAACAAAAUAUACUCAUUUGGUUGAUCAAGAUACUACACAGUUUGAGUCUCCGUGGGUUUCUGAAACAGCUCAAAACAGCAAAUUUUAUUCAAAUCAAGCUGCUGGCAUGAAGCAGCACUUUGACAAGCCGACUGUAAAGAAAAACAGGCUUCCUCAAAGUAACUAGCCUCAUGUCAUUUUGCACUUCAAAUUUGUUACUCCUUAUGACUUUAUUUGUGUUUCGUUUUUGUGAUUUUGGCAGAUUAUUCUUUGUUUUAGUGAACAAGGACAAUGUAUAUAUGAAAUGUACAUAUUUGAAUACAGUAGGCUUAAAUCAUUGUAAUUA